UUAUUAUUAUUAUUAUUAUUAUUAUUAUUAUUUUGCAAAACCGAAACAUUGUUUCUGGAGACUGUUCCACGUCCCAGGAAAGAAAAAGAGCCGGUCUGUGCGUGUAAAUGUAUGUGUAUGGGAUAACGCCUGUUUACUGCGCUACUAAAUGACAUGACAUGAAUGUCAGUCGGUCAAGGUCCAGUCUCCAGCUGAGGCUACAGUAUCCGCUUGAAUUAGUACAGUUUUCGUUUUCAACCUGAACCGAUUCUGAACGAGAUUUCCCCCUUAUUUUGGAUGCUUUCUUCAGGCUGAGUGCUGCACGGUUAUGCGGUUGGACAUGGCACGGGAAUUCUGCGUCUCUGGAACAGGACUGUGUUAGAAACCAUUAACACUCCACUGGAGACUCAUAGAUCGGCAGUGACUGAGUCCUAUUACACUCGCGCGCCGCAGUGAUUAGUGAGAAACACACGUGACCCCAGAAUCUCCAAAUCAUUGCUCUGAAAUAAAAGUAUCAUCAUGUCGGCGGUCAUGAUUCCGAAAAAAUCUACCAGAAAAUGGGAAAAGCUGCCAGGAAAGAACACUUUCUGCUGUGAUGGCCGUGUGAUGAUGGCAAGACAGAAGGGAGUGUUUUACCUCACACUCUUUCUCAUCAUGGGGACCUGCUCUCUCUUCUUCGCAUUCGAGUGCCCAUACCUGGCGGUCCAUCUUUCUGCAGCUAUCCCGGUCUUUGCCGUGGUUCUCUUCUUGUUUGUCAUGGCUAUGCUGCUAAGGACGAGCUUCAGUGACCCAGGCGUGCUCCCUCGAGCCCUCCCUGAGGAAGCCAACUUCAUUGAGAUGGAGAUUGAGGCAGCCAAUGGCAACGUACCGGCCGGACAGCGCCCUCCUCCCCGCAUCAGGAACGUGCAGAUCAACAACCAGAUUGUCAAGCUGAAGUACUGUUACACCUGCAAGAUCUUCCGCCCUCCUCGUGCUUCCCACUGUAGCAUCUGUGACAACUGUGUGGAUCGCUUUGACCAUCAUUGCCCAUGGGUUGGAAACUGUGUGGGGAAGAGGAAUUACCGCUACUUCUACCUGUUUACACUUUCUCUCUCCCUCCUUACCAUCUACAUCUUCACCUUCGACAUCGUCCAUGUUGUACUACGAUCAGUGGACUCCGGAUUUGUGAACACGCUUAAGGAAACCCCUGGGACUGUGGUGGAGGUGCUGGUGUGCUUCUUCACACUCUGGUCUGUGGUGGGACUGACUGGCUUCCAUACGUACCUGAUCUCACUCAACCAGACCACCAAUGAAGAUAUAAAAGGCUCAUGGUCAGGGAAGAACCGCAUCCAGAACCCAUACAGUCACAAGAACAUUAUCAAGAACUGCGGUGAGGUGCUCUGCGGCCCCACUUACCCUAGUGUUCUGGACAGAAGAGGGCUGAUGCCUGAAGAACCUUCUGUCUCCACUCCUGGUGCUUCUGAUGCCACUGCCACCACAAACACUGCUGUUCCACCUAACACAAAAACCACAGCUCCUCUGAUUCCUAAUGAACACACUCCCGAUGAAGCCAAGCCUAGCAUUGCCACUGCCACCGCCAGCAUCCCGACAGAGGAAAAACCAUCCAGCCCAAGAGACUUUUCUCCUAAAAUUGGUCCUGCCCCCAUCGUUGUCAAAGAAUCAGCCCACUAGAUCUCUGCUUGCAAAUCUCUGAAUGGUGUUUCAUUAAGGAAGAUGCAUAUUUGAACAAUCAGACGGGUGACAGGCUUUGAGAAAGACUUUGUCAGAGCAGCAUCUAUUCCUCACUGUCCAUGUUCAGGUGAAGGUCAUAUCAACUUUGGCUGCCUCACUGUUGAAGGCCUCUGGUGGUAUCACAGCACUCUCACUCUUUCUCUGAAAUGCUGCAUGGCAAAAACCCAUGAAAGGCAAAAUAUGAAAUGGACUGUUUUGCUAAUUGCCUACUUGCAAUGUUUUCCUUCAAGCAGCAUUUCUUGAUGGCCAUUUUUCAUUAAUUAACGUUCCAUCUUGUCAGAUGCAUAACAUCUGUAGAACUUUGUGCAGUGGUUGGUGAAGCAGGUCCUAUGCAACACAAACAUAUGGAGGAUUGUUUUUAAAGAGAGAAACCUAAACCAGCCACCUAUGUUCAAACUACACAUGCAAACAGAUGAAUUUAUGUUCCAGCAGCAGAGUGGGGCCAACUGGAUGCCAUUUUGAAAUACCCAUGAUAGUCAUUUGCAUUAUUCUAUAUGUAUUUGUUUUUUUUUGUUGUUGUUUUUUUGUAAAGCGUGGCGCUUUACACUGAAUUCUUGUCAACACAAACAGUGUACAAAAUGUUUCAGAUCAGUCUGUGAUGAAGGACACCCUAACACACUUUCUGUAUGUGAAGUGUGUGUAAGUGUCAGCACAUACAUGUUGGCCUGUUGUUGACAGACACUAGUAACAGUGCCUUAUCUGAAAGCUGCACUAUCUCAGACAACAUAAGGCCAUUUGUGGAGAAACCCUUCAAUUUCCAUUUUAUUAUACAACCCAAAUAUUGUACAAUGAGUAUUAAAGUGAUGGAUUUGAAAAUAGAACACUAAUGAAAUGUUGACCUGCAAAAAAUGAACGACAAACUAAGCCAUGGUGUAAAUGUACAUAGAUUAAAAAAAAAAAAAAAGUUGAGAAGUUGAGGAUACAAGAAGUGAAAGAAUGUCCAUGAAUGUACAUGAAGCUGAAGAAAUUGCCUCGUCAUUCUCCUGGUGAUUGUUCUCUCUCCUCUUGCAACAAAUGAAUUGAGUGAGGUCAGCCCAGAACUUCCUCCAUAGUCAUCGUCACCAUCACCACCAUCCUCCUCCUCCUCUUCCUUCACUUACAGCCAUGAUUUGGCCCAAAAAAAAAAAAAACAAAAAAAAAAAAACUCAGAGUAGAUGGAAUUUAUUUCUCAUAAUCUGUCCACAUCUGUUAAUUUCAUGCUGAGAAACAGUAUAGCUCAUCCAGGCUUAGGAGAGCAUGUUUAUAAUGCUGGACUUAGACAAGUGAGAUAAAGGGAUAUAAUAUGAAAGAUUAUUUUGAUGGUCAACAUAUUUAAUCCAUGCUAUUCUGUGAUCUGUGCAAGUGUCUUUACUUUUGACAGGUUUUAUUUGUAUGUAGAGUAGAGUAGACACCUUUGUGUAUGCUUGAGCUAAUGUCUAGUGGAAGAAUAUUGUUGGUGUACAAUGAUGAACGAAUUCAAGUACCAUUUACUACACUCACAGUAUCUUCAACUCUGUGCAAUAUAUUUUGCUAGUUAGAGCAUUUUUGUCUUGUUUGUGGGGUUGGGAGGGGGGUGGGGUGGGGGGUUUACAUGUAUAAUUAUACUGGGAAUUUUUCUGACCACUAUAACAAGGCUACUUGGUGUCAAAUGAAUGAAAAGAAGAGUGUGUGUAGUAUUUGUUUCCUUUGGUAGGGCUUGGAGUUAAACUGUAAAUGUAUGACUACAGCUUCAGCUCUAUUUUGAGAUGCCAAGUCAAUCACAGAAAUGUCUGAAUUAUUUUUUUUUAAAUGCAACAUUUGAAUGUUAAUGCCUGAUUUUAAGAACACUAACUGUUUCGUAUGCCUUUGAUUUUUCAUUAGUUUGUUAGAUGAUUGCACUGCACUGCUGUCUGUGGAAGGUCUGCUUGUUUAAUGAUUAGGCCCACUGUACUUAUUUUGAGGUACAGCUGAAGUGAUCAACCACAUGAGAUAUGUCAAACUACAAUCAGUCUUAAUGCCAAGUCAUUGUAGGAGUUAAUAUGUACUGAAUAUUAGCAAACAUUAUGGUCUGCUCGAAAUAUGUGUUUACAGUGUAUAAUAUAUACACUAUAAUGCAUUGCAAGGUAAUUGUUUCUUUUCAUUUUUCUUUGUAUAAACACUGUGAUUAUCUCAUACUUUUCACUUAUUUUUACAUGCUGGAUUGGUGUGUGUAUGUAUGUUCAUUAAAUUAUAUGAUAUCUUAUUAUUAUAA